UCCACCUCCAUUCUGCCACACCCACACUCCUCUUCACUCACUAACGGCCGUGCUUGCACUCGCAGCGCAUCACUUGCUACUUUGGUAGUGGAGAGCAGAAAGAACAGAGCUAGAUUAUUCCCAACAAGCUACAGCAAAUUAGUUGCUCUUCAUGGCCGUGUCACACAACGUUGGGAGCAAGCACGGUGUCGCGCCGCUGGAGGUGUCGGUGGAGGCCGGGAACGGCGGAGCCGCCGAGUGGCUGGACGACGAUGGCCGGCCUCGCCGCACGGGCACGUUCUGGACGGCCAGCGCGCACAUCGUCACCGCCGUCAUCGGCUCCGGGGUGCUCUCGCUCGCCUGGGCGAUCGCGCAGCUGGGCUGGGUCGCCGGCCCCGCCGCCAUGCUCCUCUUCGCCUUCGUCACAUACUACACCGCCACGCUGCUCGCCGAGUGCUACCGCACGGGCGACCCGGAGACGGGCAAGCGCAACUACACCUACAUGGACGCCGUGCGCUCCAACCUCGGCGGCGCCAAGGUCGCGUUCUGCGGCGUCAUACAGUACGCCAACCUCGUCGGCGUCGCCAUCGGCUACACCAUCGCGGCGUCCAUCAGCAUGAAGGCCGUCAGGAGAGCUGGGUGCUUCCACGCCCACGGGCACGCUGAUCCCUGCAACAGCUCCAGCACCCCGUACAUGAUCCUCUUCGGCGUCGUGCAGAUCCUCUUCUCGCAGAUACCCGACUUCGACCAGAUUUGGUGGCUCUCCAUUGUCGCCGCCGUCAUGUCCUUCACUUACUCUUCCAUCGGGCUCUCCCUCGGCAUCGCACAGACCAUCUCCAAUGGUGGGUUCAUGGGCAGUCUCACUGGCAUCAGCAUCGGCGCCGGUGUCACCUCCACGCAGAAGAUCUGGCAUACGCUUCAGGCAUUCGGAGACAUCGCCUUCGCCUACUCCUUCUCCAACAUCCUCAUCGAGAUCCAAGACACGAUCAAGGCACCGCCACCGUCGGAGUCCAAGGUGAUGCAGAAGGCGACGCGCCUCAGCGUGGCGACGACCACCAUCUUCUACAUGCUGUGCGGGUGCAUGGGGUACGCGGCGUUCGGCGACAAGGCGCCGGACAACCUCCUCACCGGCUUCGGCUUCUUCGAGCCGUUCUGGCUCAUCGACAUCGCCAACGUCGCCAUCGUCGUGCACCUGGUCGGCGCGUACCAGGUGUUCUGCCAGCCCAUCUUCGCCUUCGUCGAGCGCCGCGCCGCCGCGGCCUGGCCCGACAGCGCCUUCGUCUCCCAGGAGCUCCGCGUGGGCCCCUUCGCGGUCAGCGUGUUCCGCCUGACAUGGCGGUCGUCCUUCGUGUGCGUCACCACCGUCGUUGCCAUGCUGCUGCCGUUCUUCGGCAACGUGGUGGGGUUCCUCGGCGCCGUCUCCUUCUGGCCGCUCACCGUCUACUUCCCCGUCGAGAUGUACAUCAAGCAGCGCCGCGUGCCGCGCGGCAGCACCAAGUGGAUCUGUCUCCAGACGCUCAGCGUCAGCUGCCUCCUCGUCUCCGUGGCGGCCGCUGCUGGCUCCAUCGCCGACGUCAUCGACGCCCUCAAGGUGUACCGGCCAUUCAGCGGUUAACCUCUCUCGAUGAAUAUAGUUAUUAGCUCUAGAUCGACACGCAGCGAUGAAGAGGAACAUUCAUUUUUAGAUUUCAAUGGACUGAUUUGGCCUAACCGUCAAGGAUUUGAUCUCAACUAUAGAAGAAUGUGCGCAAAGAGAAGAAAUCAUGCUAUAUAUAGCUAGACUCGCACUCAGAUCCAAAACUACAAAACACUUAGCUUGUGGUUUAUUUACUGUGGUGUUUCUUGUAACUUUAUUUUUAGCUUCAGAAGAAGACAUUGAAGCAUUUAUUUUCUCUUAUUUGCAGUACUUGUCAAUUUUUGUUCCAAUUUUUCAGUGA